ACUUUGGCUACUUGGCGUACACCUCGAGACACUUCUCCAACUCCAACGCAUCGACGUUUUUCCUUCUUUCCGUUUCGCUCCCAACAAUCGAACUUUCUUUAUUUCUACUUUUUAAAUUUUUUAUUCCUCACGACUCUCCCCUAAUACCACCAAUCCAAAGGUUCCAAGCAAACCGGUUUUCUCAAUAUUUCAACUAAAAAAAAACCGAAAACGACUCCUGAACCGAUUAACGGCGACAUGGACCAACCCGAGCCAGAGCAAUCGCGGCGACCCGUGUUCUCCGAUAGGGUCGCCGUCAACGGCGUUUAUACGCCGUUAACGCUGUCAGCUGACGGCGUCAUCCGGUGGUCGGAGGGCGGUCAACGGAGUUUGACCGUCGAGAAGGAGGUCCUCGGCUUCGCGACGGACGGCUCGAAGCUCGAGAUAAGGACCGUCGUGGAAGGCGGUGGCGGAAUCCUCUGCUUCGGGAGCAGGGGAGCUCUGGUGCGGAAGAACUUCGUCUUUCUGUUCUCGUCUGAGGACUCGCAGAAGCUCUUGUGCCUGAAGCUCCGUGAAUUCAUCGAUUCUCUUGGCCGGCCUAAGAGGCUAUAUGUGUUUGUCAAUCCAUUUGGUGGGAAGAAAUCAGCUUCGAAGAUAUUUUCUGAUCAAGUAAAACCUCUUCUUGAGGAUGCUGAUAUCCAGUUAACAUUGCAAGAAACCAAAUAUCAAUUGCAUGCAAAAGAAGUGGCUAAAACAAUGGAUCUUUCGAAGUAUGACGGCAUUGUUUGUGUUAGCGGGGAUGGGAUUCUUGUUGAGAUUGUAAAUGGACUGCUUGAAAGAGGAGAUUGGGAAACUGCUAUAAAGACGCCUCUUGGAGUCGUUCCUGCAGGUACUGGCAAUGGUAUGGCAAAAUCUCUUCUGGAUUCUGUUGGUGAACCGUGUGCUGUAUUUAAUGCUGUUCUUGCCAUUAUUCGAGGCCACAAGCGCCCACUAGACGUAACUACAAUCUUGCAAGGGGAGACCAAAUUCUUUAGCGUAUUGAUGCUUGCAUGGGGUCUGAUAGCAGAUAUUGACAUCGAGUCUGAAAAGUAUCGGUGGAUGGGAAGUGCUCGUCUUGAUUUCUAUGGUCUACAACGAGUUUUUAGUUUGAGGAAAUACAAUGGGCGUAUUUCUUUUGUGCCCGCACCUGGCUUUGAAGGAUAUGGAGAACCUACUAGUUAUAAGAGUGAAACUACUAGUAAGCAAAAUGUUGGCGGUCCAACUGAAGUGGAGCCUGUGAAGUUGCAAAGGCAUGGAUACCAAGGACCUGACAGUGAUUUGCAUAUUAUGGACUGGAGAACCAUUAAUGGACCAUUUGUUUCAGUUUGGCUUCACAAUGUACCUUGGGGGAGUGAAAACACAAUGGCAGCGCCUCAGGCCAAGUUUUCAGAUGGCUAUAUUGACUUGAUCAUCAUGAGGGACUGCCCAAAAUUAGCCUUGCUCUCAUUGAUGGGGGAACUGAACAAUGGGAAUCAUGUCAAUUCACCUUAUGUUACAUACUUAAAGGUGAAAGCAUUCAUUUUGGAACCCGGUCCACUUGCAGAAGAUCCAACAAGGGAAGGGAUAAUAGACUCGGACGGUGAAGUCUUGGCCAGAGGCAAAGGAACUUACAAGUGUGAUCAGAAGACCCUGAUGGCCUAUGAUAAAUUUCAACUGGCAGUUGAUCAAGGUUUGGCUACCUUAUUUUCCCCUUUAUAGAACAAUAUUUUACAAGUAAUUUUUGAGAUAUUUGCCAUUCCCUCCCCCCCCCCCAAAAAAAAGGGAAAAAACAACUGGGCCUUAACUGUUCAGCCUCUGUAGAAUCAGAUGGGAAAUAAGAAACGAGAGAGGAUAUGCCAAUGACCGAUCUAUGUACUUGCUCAAAUAGUUUUGUCACAGCCAAGAAUCAUAUUUAAAAGUAAUGUGCAGUUAAUCUUUCGAUUCAAUAUUUGUGUUCUUUUGGUUUGAAGUUAAUCUAA